GGGGCCUGGGAACAGUUCGGUCCCAGCUGCUGAGGGUCUUCGCUGCGGCGGUCGCCGCCCGUCCUACGCCGAUCCAGACCUGGACCAGGACUACCCAACUUGGCUGCGAGCACCUCACCGUAAGUCCCCAGGAGGUGGCGACUUCAGCCCUGUGGAUCCCGAAGAAUCCACUGAGGGAGCCAGGCAGAGAACCGCCUCCUCACGCCAGCCUGGAAGGACACGGGCUGCUGCUCCACCCCCAGCCCUUUCGGGGAAAAGACUCUCAUUUCUAACUUGUCCUCUUGCUGACUUCUCGACCAACUGGUUCAGGUCAGCGCUCGCUGACUUCUGGUCCAGCUCCCAUUGGUGGAUCCACAAGGGGUGGGGAGGCUUGAGGGCCGCCCCCUCCAGUCGAGAUCUAGCCUGUCGUGGGAGCCAGUCCUUGCUCUACUGAGCCCUUUGUGGAUGGUAUGGUGAUAUGUCCGCCAAGGUGCCCAUCUACCUGAAGCGGGGCAACCGCAAAGGGAAGAAGGAGAAACUGCGGGACCUGCUGUCAUCAGACAUGAUUAGCCCGCCCCUGGGCGACUUCCGUCACACCAUCCACAUUGGCAAUGGUGGCGAGGGAGACAUGUUUGGCGACAUCUCCUUCCUACAGGGCAAGUUCCACCUGCUACCUGGCACAGCGGGUGAGGGGCCCGAGGAGGAGGAAGAUAGCACCUUCAACAUCCCCUUCCCGUUUGCCCGGACCACCACAGUCUGUGGGCGGGAGCCCCGAGGGCUCUCUGAUGGGUAUUCCCCUCUCCUCAAGAAUGCCAUCUCCCUCCCAGUCAUUGGUGGGCCCCAGGCCCUCACCCUGCCCUCAGCUCAAGCCCCCCCCAAGCCACCCCGCCUGCACCUGGAGACAUCACUGCCAACCCCCCAGGAGGAUGAGGUCUUGGAGGUCUGGAGGACUCCAGAGACUGACUCUCCCCAGAACGGCUUCAUGCCUGAGCAAGGUGAGGAACCAUUCCUGUCCCAAGCCAGCUCCCUCCUUUCCCUCCAUGUGGACCUGGGGCCUUCCAUACUGGAUGACGUGCUACAGAUCAUGGACCAGCACCAAGACCUGGACAGAGUGGAGAUCCCCACAUAGGCUCCCUUGGGC